AUGUUAUUAGAUCUAGUUAAUAAAAUAUUUAUUCCUUACUCGUCUUUUAUUUUUCCUAUUUCUGGUGAAAAAAAGAAACGAUCAUUUUUACCUAAAUGGCUACUUAAAUAUUCCUGGUUAGCUUACUCACAGAUUGAAGAUGGAGCAUACUGCCUUCCAUGUACACUGUUGAGAAGCAGAAUUCCAAACAAUACCUCAAUAACCAACUUCGUUCGAAAACCUUUUAAAAUAUGGGGUAAUGCAAUUCGUGCUUACAUGGAUCACAAUAAUAAUUGUCAACUUCAUCAAAUGUCAAUGCAUUGUCUUAACAUGCUGCAAUCUAGAUCUAAUUCAAAAAAAAAUCUGUCUGAAACAAUUAUUUUUCUUGGCCGCAAUGAUAUUGCUUUUCGAGGUCAUCGUGAUGACAGUAAGUAUCAUCCAGAGAUCGGAGAAACAUGUAAAAACAACAUUGGUAUAGGUAACUUUGUAGAGCUUUUAAAUUUUUGCAUUAAAGCAGGUGAUAAAGUUCUUGAGCACCAUAUUCGUUCUGCUCCUAAAAAUGCAACCUAUAUAUCUAAAACCACACAAAACGAACUUAUUGAAUGCUGUGGAAAAACAAUCGAAGAAGUUCUAAUUAAUAAAAUUAAAAAGUCAGGUUAUUUUUCUAUCUUGUGUGAUGGAGCCUCUGAUUGUUCUAAUGUUGAACAGCUAUCUCUAGUUAUAAGAUACAUUGACUGUGAUAAUGUUAUUUGUGAAGAUUUUCUAUGGUUCAUUGAAUGUAAAUCUGGUACAACUGGUCUUAGUCUUGGGCAAAACAUAGUUUCUGCAAUUGAUGAUCUUGGUCUUGAUAUCCAAAAAUGUAGAGGUCAAGGAUAUGAUGGUGCUGGGGCAAUGUCUGGUAAAUUAAAAGGUAUUUCAUCAAGAAUUAAAUUUAUCAAUUCAAAGGCUAUUUUUGUUCACUGUGCAUGCCAUAAACUUAAUUUAGUUGUAAGUAAGUCAUGCAAUGUUCAGAGUGUUAGAAAUGUUCUUGAUCAAAUCAAAGAUAUAUCAUAUUUUUUUCACUUAUCACCUAAACGUGUCAGCUGUCUUAAUAAAUUCAUUUUUCCUGGUCAAGCAAAAUUAAUCAAUACAUGUCAAACUAGAUGGGUUCAGAAACUUAAAGGUCUGGAUGUUUUUUUUGAUAACUACAUAUCCGUUUUUCAUUCAAUGGAAGAAAUGGCAUACAAUGAAAGAGAAGUUGGCUAUGCAACAACAAUACAAGUUAAAGUGUAUCCAUAUAAAGUUGACAAAGGAAAUAGCUCGAGCAAUAAUGCAUGUAAUCUUCCUUCUUUAAAUAGAAAUUUAUAUGAAAUUACUUCAAAUAUAUUAGAAUAUCCACAAACUUAUGAUGAUGAUACUAAUGACUGUUAA